GUCUCUGCGUCUCGCAUCUCUCUUCCGAUGCCUUCUCUCGAGCCGUCGGUGACGCUGGACGCCGUCGUGGCCGACCCGCACCUUCACGCGCUGUUCCUACAGCAUCUAUCUGUAUCCGAUUCGAAAGGAUUCGCGCGUCUGCUCUUCCUCGUGAGCGUGGAGGAGUUCAAGAAAGUUUUUGCUCCCAACAAACCCUCGGAAGACCCCGAGGACGAUGCACAGGCACACCGUCGCCAGUACGCGAGCAAGAUCAUCAACAAGUUCAUGAGUCCCGACGCCUUUCUGGACAUCGCAUCCGAGAACCUUCGGAUCCUCAACAAGUCGGUCUGGAGCUUUGGUAAACUGCUCCGGAACGACCUGAUGCUGUACUCGGGACUGGCAGCCAAGACGGACCUGUUCCAGGACGCUGAAGUGGCUGUCAAGAAGGCAUUGCAGUCCAGUUUCACACAGUUUGCAGCCUCGCCGGAGUUUGCGGCGCUUGUGGCUAGCUCCAGACUCACAUACGUCGAAAAUGACGACAGUACAGAUGAAGAGCAGCUGGAAGGCAACUCUCCAGCUUCAGCAGUCGCGGAGAGCUUGUCGUCGCCAUCGCCCGUGUCCAGCACGUCCACACAGGUGCGUCGACAACGCACUGCUACGACGUUCUUGACGUUGGAGCGUGUGCUGGGCAACAGGAGACUGUGCAGCGUGUUCUGGGUCUUUCUGUUUAAGGAGCGCACACACGAGCAACUGAGUCUCUGGAUGGACUUUAGGUAUCAGCUCUUGCCUAUUCUCGAUGAGUUCAUCCACGCGGUACAGGACAGUGGAGACGAAGAGCAGCAACAGGCGAGUGACCACGAAGAACGACAGACGGGGGAACUUAUCGAGCAGCUGCUUGCGGUUGGCAGUCGUAUUGCAGCCAAGUAUCUGACUGCAAGUGCAAGCACGCGAGUGACGUUUGUUGGCGAGGGUGAGCAGGCGUUCUUGCGAGACUAUGAGCUGCGUGUGGCCUGUUGUCUUGAUGCUGGCAGCUUCUCGCUGGCUGACGCAGAGGAGCUCCUUCAAACUGUAGAGCGCAUCCAAGCAAUAGUCGAAGCUGACCUCAAGGUGAAUCAUUUCGUACGCUUCAUGGGGAGCGAGUCGUUCAAGUCACUGGUGGCGUCUUAUCAGAGUCGCUUGCUCAGUCCGUCUGGCUCAUCCGACGCCGUCGCGUCCACGGCUUGCGAUGGCUCCAGCACAGCUUCCAACAGCAGUAUGACAACACUUCAAGAGUUGUUCCAGUGCAUGAAUGUGGCGUCGCAUCAACCCCAGCGAGUACGGAGUAAAUCCUUCACUCUGCGAGAUCUCUUCCAAGGCCAAUUACGAGGUGAACCACAGAGUAAAUCGCUCAUCAGCUCGGUGAUGAGUUUUCGACUCGAUGUCAAUGACCGAUCACACCCCGAGAUCAUCAAGGAAGUCCUGCACAGUCUGGCGGAUCCCAAUAAUCAUAGUGAGAGCACCAGUGACCUAUACCAUCAUCACGCCAUCCCAGACCACGUAGAAGCGUUCUUCCGUCCAUCUGGAGCAGACGUUGUGCGCUCCACUACACGUCCAGAGCCUUCACUAUUCCACAUGACCAUCGGAAACGCAGAGAAGGCAUUUUAUGGAGCUUGUCUCACUCGAUACGUGCCGUUGAAUGACUCGAGCAAGCUGGGACCGCUUGAGCAAGUGUUGCAGGAGACUGAGGGACUUGAGGUUUACGUCCCAGCAGGAUUGUGUAUCAUCAGUCGAUAUCCGAUUCUUGACACACUGAAGCAGCGCUUAGACUCACUUCACGCGGCGAUGCAAGAUGACGACGCGUACCUCUCCGACGUAAACUGGCUGCCUUCCGCUGCACAGAUGGCUGGGCUUCUGUCCCCGUUCGACUUCACUACUGCUACGUCUUCGCAAGAUAACGUGACGUCUCUUUCAACGCUGGAUAGUUACGUGGACUUCAGUAUGGAAGAGCUAUUCAGCUGUCUGUCCGUCGAGCAUGUGGUCAGUCUGGUGACCUGUAUGCUCUUGGAAAGACAGGUUGUGCUUGUUAGCUCGCGGUACUCCGUGCUCACAUCAGUGGGCGAGACGUUGAAGAGCUUGAUCGCCCCAUUGAAGUGGAAGCCACGUGUUCGCACCUAUCCUGCCCAAGAGCAUGCUCGAAUGCUUGCAGUGUCCGACGCCUUAUUUGGUUCGGCGUGCACUCCAGUUAUCGUGCAGAGUUGCGUGAAAUGCUUGAGCGUGAAGGCUGUGGCGACGGCAUUGUCGUAGUGGAUCUGGACGCAGACACGAUGAGCUCGCCAGGCCGGCCACAGCUCCCCGACUCUGUCCGUGUGCCUCUUACCUCACGACUGCUUCAGUUGCUCAAGCCGAAAGUGUUCUUUA